AUGGAGGAUUUAAAGGAUCUGAAGAAGCAGGAGCGGCAGCUGCGGACAUCCAUCAAGACUAUCGGAAAAUUUGUUCAAACGUUCCGUAAGGAAGCGCAUGAGAAGCAAAUCGAGGUUCGACUGGAAACCCUGGAAAAUGCAAUGAGAAAAUUCUACACAGUCCGUCGUAAAAUUGAAUUGAUCGUUGAGGAGGAAGACGAGAAAGUGGACACGAAAGAAUCGCCUGAACAACGAAUUGAGCGUCUCGAAGCUUUGUCGGAUAAACGUGAGAUGGAAUUUGAGGAGGUUACACGCGCUGUAGAAGAAGAAUACUACGAAAUCAAAUCAUCGCUCAUCGUUCUGCGACCUACGGAUGUAGCAUGCAGGCGACCUGUCCCGGAUGAUACUGCUAUAGCAACGCAACCAUCAAUGUCCAAAGUGAAGCUCCCAGACAUCAAGCUUCCGUCAUUUACUGGCAAUGUGAAAGAUUGGGUCACGUUUCGAGACACCUUCCGAAGCUUGAUACACAACAAUAUCCAGCUUGAUAAUAUUGACAAGUUUACAUAUUUGCGGUCUUCGGUUUCUGCUGAUGCCCGACAAGAAAUCGAUUCUAUUGAACUCUCGGCCGACAAUUAUGAGGUAGCGUGGCAACAGUUGGAGAAACGGUUCGAAAAUAAAAAGCUUAUUGUGAAGGCACACCUGGAUGCUAUUUUCGCGAUCGAACCAAUGCGUAAAGAAAGCUGUGAGGGUCUAAACUAUCUGAUUAACGAAUUUGACAGGAAUUUGCAGAUGCUGUCAAAGAUUGGGGAAAAUACUUCCAAUUGGUCUACAAUUCUCGCCCAUAUGGUCUGUUCCCGCCUGGAUAUGGCAACGCUACGCAAUUGGGAGAAUCAACACAAUUCGAAGGAUGUGCCGAAAUAUGAAAUCUUGAUCGAGUUCCUACGUGGUCAAUGUGCUGUUUUACAGUCAAUCAGCUCAGUGAGAUCGAAUUCAGAUGAAUUAAAGCGUUUCCGUCAGUCUGCAACACAUGCAACGGUGCAAUUAGCAAGAAGGUGUAUAUUUUGUGGCGACUCCUUCCAUCCAGUGUUCAGAUGUGAUAAAUUUAAAGCCAUGUCACUUACUGAGCGAGUAGAGGAGGUUAACAGGAAGCGCCUCUGCCGUAACUGCUUUGGUAACGGUCAUUUUGCUGAAGGAUGUUCCAGGGGUUCAUGCAAUCGGUGUGGUAAAAGACAUCAUACCUUGUUGCAUUACGAACACAGCCCAGCUUCCCCGCGUCCAGUAAUCGCAGCACAAGGUAGACCAGACACAGCAACACCACAACCACAACAAACACACCCAAAACCACAAGAUCAGACACAAAACACAACACCUCAACCACUACAACAACAAAAACCUUCAACCUCAUACACAACUAUUCGCACAUUAUCACAAACUAUUCACCCUCCACCCAUUGUAGGCCAACAUACGUCGGUCACUCUCAAGGCCGCUGGUCAUUCCUCCCCGAGACCAGUUCUCAUGUCGACAGCAAUUGUUCGGGUUGAAGAUCAGUACGGAAACGUGUCUUAUGCUAGAACAUUGUUAGAUUCGUGUUCUGAAUUAUGCUACAUGACUAGCGGCUUUGCAAAUAAGCUGAAAUGUCGGGAGUCACCUGCCUUUGUGAGAGUACAAGGCAUUGGAAGUGGUAGCGUGUCAUCAACUAAGCUCGUCGAUGCCAACAUUCAACCACGGUUACCAACGAUAUCGUCAUUUGCGGAGAACAUUCAGUUUUAUGUACUUCCAAGGAUCACAAGAACUUUACCAAUCAGCCCUGUAGAAGUCGAUCUCAGCAAUGCUUCCACCGAUCUAGUACUGGCUGAUCCAUCGUAUGGCAAACCAGGACCGGUAGACAUGAUAAUCGGAGCUGAAGUCUACUAUGAUCUCCUCGAACAAGGUAGAAAGAAAUUAAGCGAAGAUGGCCCAACAUUGCAACAAACUGUAUUUGGUUGGAUCAUAUCCGGACGAGUUUCCGAUCAACACUGCAGUGCACGUGCAGCAACCUACAUUACCUCUACUGUGGAUCUCCAAGAGUUGAUUGCCAAGUUCUGGGAGUUAGAGGCCUGCCAUGUCAGCAGUACUCAUUCAGUUGAAGAGACUGCAUGCGAGGAACUAUUUGAACGUACAACCGUACGAGAUUCUAAAGGGAGAUUUAUUGUUACUUUGCCAAAAAGGGAGAUAGUGAUGGCGAAACUAGGAGAAUCGAAACGCAUAGCUGAAAAAAGACAUAUGAAAGAGGUUACUGAGGAACCAUGCCAGGAACCGGCAUACUACAUGCCUCAUCACGCAGUGAUAAAGCCAGAUAGUACCACUACAAAGCUCCGUGUAGUUUUUGAUGGAUCGUGCCGCACAUCAACUAACGUCUCCUUGAACGAUGCGCUAAUGGUAGGGCCAGUGGUUCAGGAUGACUUGAUCUCGAUAAUACUACGGUUUCGUCUGCACCGAAUCGCUCUCGUCGCCGACGUGGAGAAAAUGUACCGUAUGGUACAAGUGCAACCUUCAGAUCAACACCUGCAGAGGAUUCUGUGGAGAGACUCGCCUGACGACCCUGUUAAGACAUUCCAGUUAACAACCGUUACAUACGGCACUUCGUGUGCUCCAUAUCUCGCCACAAAGUGUCUUACGAAGCUAGGAAGAGAUUGUCAGUCAACGUACCCGUUAGCUGCCAGAGUGAUCCAAAAGGAUUUUUACGUAGACGAUAUGCUAUCAGGAGCUGACAGCAUCGAUGAAGCAAAUCAGCUGAUUACAGAGGUGAUAAAAGUGACCAAUUCGGCUUGUUUUACACUCAGGAAGUGGAAUUCAAACUUCCCAAAACUCCUGCAAAAUCUUCCAAAACAUUUGCGAGAUGAUCGAUCGACUUUGGACCUUGACUUGUCCAAUUCCACUGUAAAAACGUUGGGACUUCGCUGGGACACCAGAUCAGAUAGCUUUCAGUUCAAUUUUCCCCAAUGGAGGUAUAAUGCAUCAACUAUCACAAAACGUAGCGUUCAUUCCGAUGCAGCAUGCUUGUUCGAUCCACUAGGAUUAGUGGGACCAGUGGUCGUGCAAGCAAAGAUAUUUAUUCAACAACUGUGGAGAAUAAAGUGCGAUUGGGAUGAUCCCUUGGAAGAAGGUUUUCAAUCAAUAUGGAAAGAAUAUAAACAGAACUUAAUGGCUUUAGAGUCACUAUCUAUACCACGUUGGAUCGGCUGCACCAAUGACUGGUCUGAUGCUCAAUUACACGGUUUCUGCGACGCCUCAAAUGUCGCAUAUGGAGCAUGUCUAUAUUUACGGUGCACGUCAUCGGACGGAAAUACUUCAGUAUGCCUCAUAGCAUCUAAGUCCAGAGUGGCACCACUAGAAAACCUUAAAACAAAGAAAAGGAAAAUAUCUAUCCCACGUCUAGAAUUAUCCUCCGCUCUCCUAUUAAGCCAUUUGUUUGAGAAGUUUCACCGAAACGCACCAGUUAAGAACGCAGUUUUCUGGACUGACUCCAUGAUAGUUAAGCACUGGCUGGCAUCGCAGCCAUCGAGAUGGCAAGUUUUCAUUGCAAAUCGCGUAUCCGAGAUUCAGCACAUCACUAAAGAUGGAGUUUGGAAGCAUGUGCCUGGUAUCGAGAACCCGGCUGACCUCAUUUCAAGAGGAAUGUCCCCUGCUCAAUUGCAAUAUCAAAAUCUCUGGUUCAACGGUCCCCGUUGGCUAUCUCAAGAUCCAGAAUACUGGCCUUGCGAAGAGGAACGCAGUCAGGAAGAAUUUGAUCCUGCUCUCUUAGAAGAAAGACCGUCAUCAGUAUUUACCAUCCAAACACUACCACCAAACGAAAUUUUUACUCUCAAGUCGUCAUACCCAGAACUUGUCCGAUUGGUUGCAUUACUUUUACGUUUUCGGCAUAAUGCUCGAGUUUGUAACCGACAACAAAGGCAGUUAGGAAGUAUUACACUCGUAGAAUUAGAGCAAGCAACAUGUCUACUGGUUCGGUUGUCGCAGCAGGAGUGUUUCCCAGCAGAGCUACUCAGCUUGUCCAAAUACGGCCACACUCAAGGAAGUUCGUCGAUUACAAGCCUACAUCCGCAGCUGUCUAAAGAGGGAGUGAUGUGUGUUGGCGGCCGGCUUCUGCAUGCUUCAAUUCCUGAACCCAGAAAACAUCCAUUCAUUUUACACCAUCACCAUCCUUUAGCCACAUUAAUCAUGCGACACUACCACCUGCGUUUAUUUCAUGCUGGACAGCAAUUGCUAAUCGCAUCUAUCAGAGAAAGGUUCUGGCCAACUUCUAUUCACGGUUUGGCUAGGAAAGUCAUUCACGAAUGUGUCGCGUGCUUCAAAAACAAACCGAAGGUUUUGGAACAGCUAAUGGCAGACCUCCCACCAGAACGAGUGACGCCGUCAUCACCAUUUUUGAAGGUUGGAGUGGAUUAUUGUGGUCCAUUCCUGAUUAGUUAUCCAAACCGCCGUGCUAAACCAGUGAAAUGUUAUGUUGCAAUAUUUGUUUGCUUGGCUGUAAAGGCAGUUCAUUUAGAGGUAGUCAGCGAUCUUAUUACAGAAGCGUUUCUAGCGGCUCUAAAACGUUUCAUUGCCAGAAGAGGAAAACCUCAAACAAUAAUGUGCGACAAUGCUACUACGUUCGUAGGUGCCAAGAGAGAAUUAAUCGAGCUACACCGACUGUUUUGCACCCAGCAGUUCCAAGACACGAUCACGAAAGACUCCGCAAAGGAUGGUAUCGAGUUUCGCUUCAUUCCCCCUCGUUCACCGAAUUUUGGAGGUCUGUGGGAGGCACAGGUGAAAUCAUUCAAAGGUCACUUCAAGAAAACCAUUGGACUCAGGACACUCAGCGUAGACGAAAUGCAAACCGCUGUAGUACAGAUCGAGGCUGUGCUCAAUUCUCGUCCAUUGACACCGGUUAGCAGCGAUCCUAGUGACUUUACAGCGCUCACACCUGGACACUUCUUAGCGCAUCGCUCAUUAACAUCGAUUCCUGAACCUGAUCUACAAGCUAUUCCAAUAAACCGACAGUCCAUGUGGCAGCGAGCGCAGAGUAUCACACAACAACUGUGGAAAAGGUGGAGCACUCAGUACCUGUCUGAUCUCCACAAUCGUACAAAAUGGACCAAGCAACGAGACAACAUUUCAGUCGGAACAAUGGUUCUACUGAAGGAUGACAACGCACCACCGCUGAAGUGGAAUUUAGCACGAGUCGUCAAGAUUUACCAUGGCUCAGAUGAAAACAUCAGAGUAGUCACCGUACGCACGAAGGAUGGUUGUUUCGAUAGAGGGAUCAGCAAAAUUUGCGUGCUCCCAAUCCGAGACAACGCUCAGCAAUCUACGGCAGAUGGAAACUAG